CCAUAUCGUGUGUCAUAGUCUCUGACUGUUGCAGAUAUUCUCCUUUCGGUUCCUCCUCUGCUACAGUUGUGUUUCUCAGGAGAUCUGUUCCUUGGAAGCAGGAGCGAGGCUGAUUUUGGAUUGCUGGGUCUGAUUGAGAUGUCAUGUGGAGUAGCCGCACGCUGUGAGGCGACAGGAAAUCACACAACCUAGAUCUGAAAACUUGGUGGCUCUCAAAGGUGGAUGGAAACUCCGGCAGCUGAGAAGUCAGGAGGGGUCUGAACUGAUUUCAUUCACUUUACCGCCCCAGCCAAUCAGAGGUGAGGCUGAUUGCGAGGACUGCCGUGGCUUGAUUCACAUACACUGGAAGCAGCUUGAACUCUACUAGGGAAAUUAGCUGAUUGUGUUUUAAAGGCAGUGUCAUUUUCACAAUAUUAGAAGUGAUAUAAAUAUAUGUAAUAUGUGUGUUUAUAUGUAGCAUCCAUCUUCAUUUAUUGCUUAAUUUUAUCAUCAACAUUUCAGGAAGUUAUUGCAAAUCAGUGUGCUGUUAUUUCAGAGUAAACUGCAGUUAUCAUUCUCACAUGUAUUAUCAGUAGUUUUAUGACCUGCUUGAGAAUAUUUGGCUCACCAAAGAGCAAACAGUGGCAGUAUCAGUACACAUCUGAGUAACUGGAGACAGGAUGCUGCUGCUCAACUCUACAGGAUCAGAGGGUCUGCUCGGGAACAGCAGUGACGCUGAGCAGUACAAUGUGGAGCGGGUCCUGGUCCCGAUAUUAGAUGUGCUGAUUCUGGUGCUGGGGGUUGGCGGGCACACCAUGGUGAUAGUGAUCCUGUGUGGGAGGCGGAGGAGUGGGGUGGCACAGUGCCCUCAGAGCUCCAUGACAGGUACAGGAACCGACUCCCUCCUGCUGGCUCUGAGCGCUGCCGACCUGCUGCUUCUCUCCGUGCUGCCCUUCCACACUACUGCCAUAGCCAUGCAACGAUGGCCGUUUGGAAACUUUAUGUGUUGUCUGGUGGGCUUCUUGGGAUCGGCCUGGUCUUCAGCCAGCGCCUUCACGCUCGCCAUACUGGCUGUGUCUCGCUAUCUGACUGUGGUGAAGCCCACCAGAGCCUUCAGCCUCCUCUCCCCUCGCCGGGUGUGCAUAGCUACAAUGAUCCUCUGGGUCGUGGCAUUCGGCCUGGCUGCUCCCCAGCUGGUGUUUCGCAUUGUAGGAUCCAUACACCGAACCCACGAAAGCCUCAUUUGCUUUGCUUUCCUGUCCCACCAAGACCAGGUGAUCUAUGGAUUGCUUCAUUUCAUCGUGGGCUUCUUGCUUCCACUGGUCACCAUUGCGGUGGCGUACGGCAGCAUCUACAUGUUCCUGUUGAAGAGGCAGCAUGCCGGCGGAGCCCCCCAAGUCGAGCGCCACCAGAGCAAAGUGACCAUGACGUCGGCCAUGCUGGUGCUGGCUUUUGCUGUUUGCUGGCUGCCGUCAUACGGCCUGACGCUGGCCUUAUUGUCGGAUGAAAGCUCAGGGGCCACUGGUGCUUCACCACGUUACAGCAGCUUCAGUGUUUUUUCACGCCUUAUGGCGACCUCCUCUACAGUGGUGAACCCCAUCCUUUACGUACUCAUGUCCCAAAAGUUCAGACAAGAUCUGCUAAGGCUGUUCAAGAGGGGAGGACAAACAGCCCGUGUUGCUGUGGCUAUGGCUACUGCCUGACAGGUUUACGAUCAGCAACUAGCUUGAUAUAACUGAACACCUGGGACACAAACACUGGGCAAACCCUGACUGCUGGGAGUUACAGUAAAACAAUUACACGCUGAAUUGCUUUACUGAACGACACACAUAAAAAAAUGGACACAGUCAUUAUCCUCACGAGGAAAGUCUGCUUAACAAGGCAAAACAACAGCAUUUACAACAGCAGGCAACAUUCAACAUCUCAGCAUUUACUGGUAGUCUGGAUAUUGUACACGAAAAUCAAACCAGUAGCCCUGGGAGGUGCCGCCCCACAGGAACAGUGGGACAAACAUUCGCGAAUCAUGCAUUCCUUAUAAACAGUUUAAACUAAAGGCACUUUGGUAAAACAUUAACAGUGCACCUGUGUUUUGUUGUGUUGAGAUAAGAAUGAAGGUCUCUCUGUAGGCCUGUUUGUACACUCUGUUCCCAAAGAUUUAUUUUUGUUUCUAAUUUGUCCUUAACUUCUGAAUAAAAGCUUCCUGGUUGUGUUUAGAUCAUUGGGAGUGUGUUUGGGCAGCGAUAUUCUCCUCCAGAAGAUUUCUCGCUGGGGGGUCUGAUGUCUUUGUUAUUCACCAAAAAAGUAAAGUAACCAAAACAGACUCUUGACUUACGACAGGUCCAAUAUCAACUUCGGGAGGGGAAAUACACUGUAGAUAAGCUGGGACACGAACUGGGUGGAAGUUGAUUGUUAAAAGACAUACGUAAGAU